CCCGACGCCAGAAGGAGCUCAUGUAUAUGAAACGUGAGCACCGGUUGGAGGAACUCCAGGCGGACAUUGAAUACCAGAUGCGGUGCGUUCUCAGUAAACAAGCCGCUCAGAAGACCGAAGAGGAUCUGAAACAAGAGGAAGAGCUGCUCCAGAGGUUAGUGGAGAUCAUUGAGGAGCGCAACGAUAUCGUCGAGAUGAUGGUCAGGGAUGAGAACAAAGAAGUGGAAGAAUACCAGAAACUAAUCUCAAAAGUGUUGCCAUCGAAGCCGGAACUGAGGCCAAAGCCGAAACAAACGGUGAAUACAGAGCCCGGAGUCGCCGACACUACCGCCGGAGCCAAUGGUCGCCAACCGGUGUCCAAAAAGGCGCUCAAAGAGGAGCUGAAGAUGAAAGAGAAACUCCGACUCAAAGACAUUAAAGAGAGAAAACGGCUCAAGAAGUUGGAGAAGAGUCAGCAGAAGGACAAUAAGACUGACGAC